AAGAGAGGUAAAGCUCAACAAUUAUUAGAUAAAGUAUUUGAACAUCUAGAAUUGGUAGAGAAGGAUUAUUUUGGCCUACAAUAUGUAGAUAUUCCACAAAGGUGGCUAGAUCCUUUAAAAACCAUUAAGAAACAAUGCAGAAUUGGUCCUCCAUUUGUCUUCUAUUUUCGUGUAAAAUUUUAUGUUUCGGAUCCAAGUAAAUUAUCAGAAGAAUAUACAAGGUACCAUUUUUUCUUGCAAGUAAAGAAAGAUAUUUUAACAGGGAAGUUAGUGUGUGUUCCUAGUCAAGCUGCCCUCUUAUCAAGUUAUGCUGUUCAAUCUGAAUUGGGAGACUAUAAUCCAGAUGAACAUAAAGAAGGUUAUUUAAUGGGAUAUGUUUUUGUACCAAAUCAAACAGAAGAUUUUGAAAGACAGGUGGCAGAGAAGCACAAGCAACACAGGGGUCAGACUCCUGCUGAUGCUGAGUAUAAUUUUCUGGACAAGGCUAAACGUCUAGAGAUGUAUGGUGUAGAUUUACAUAAUGCUCGGGAUCAAAGUAAUAUUGAGAUUCAGCUUGGUGUAACUUCUGCUGGACUAGUCGUCUUUCAAAAUAAUGUUAAAAUGAAUACCUUUUCUUGGGCCAAAAUAGUCAAAAUUUCCUUCAAAAGAAAACAGUUUUUUAUUCAGUUAAGAAGAGAAGCGAAUGAUACUGUUGAAAAUUUAAUUGGUUUCAACAUGGUGAGCUAUAGAUCCUGUAAAAAUUUGGGGAAAUCAUGUGUGGAACAUCACACGUUUUUCAGACUACAUAUCCCUAAUCCUGCCACAAAGAAAAUCUUUUCUAUUGGAUCUAAAUUUAGGUACAGCGGUCGAACUGAGUACCAAACUCUUGAAGAAGGUAAACGGAGAAUGAAAAUUGAUCGGACUUUUUCAAGGUAA